AUUCGAUACAAGAUGGCGUCCAUCGAUAAAUUGAGAAAAUUGAAACUAACUGAUUUGAGAGUUCUUGCAAUCGAGAAAGGGAUAGAUGCCAAUGGUAAAAAGAAACAGGAGUUGAUAGAAGACUUGUUAAACAGCCAGGUUCCAACUUCGGUUUUGACACCCGUACAUAACCAGUCAACGCCCGUUAUCAAUCCAACGCCAACCAAGUCUGCCACCAACGUCAACGAUAAAGAGAACCUGCCUCCCUUUCAUCGAGUCAAAUAUCUGCCGCAACUACCUUAUGUAAAAGUUUUGUUUACGAUGAUUUACGACUUCCUGAUAACGAGAGCAACAGAGUCAGGUGGAAGUGCUAAUAAUUUUAAAGGACUUGACAAGGCAGUCAAACAUCAUGAUGCAGGAGACGUGAAAAACAUUUCACAUGCAAAGGUCAAUGAUACAACAAUGUAUGUGAGAGCUCUGUGUCAGGCAUCCAUGAAGAAGAUGAACUACCAAGUUUUUAUUUGUUUCUCAAAGGAAAAUGAAGAGCAACAUUCCAUAGACUACGCUUAUUGUCAGUGUCCAAUUGGGGCAGCACAAGCUUGUAGCCAUAUCGGAGCUCUGUUGUUUGCUUUGAAAGAUCUAUGUCCACAAUCUGUAACAGGUGCAUCAUGUACAUCUACCCUUUGUACCUGGAAUGUUCCUCGAGGAGAAGCCAAACCCCUUCCAGUCAGUGCAUUCAACCGGGGAAAUGAAGACAGUAAUUUUGACCCAAGGCAUAGUUUGGACAGACAGAAUGAUAUGGAAAAGACCUUAACUGCACUACAAGGUCUAAAAGAGAUUUUCCCCAGAACAGGUAAAUGA